CACUUUCUUUCUCAUCCCAUUGUCCUGACUCUACCUUUGACUCACCACUCGACAACCCCACCACCUGUACAUAUACCACUACCAUAUCGAGGAAUUUGACCUCACGAGCUUCAACUUCCGUUCAUCCCUCUCAUCCCUCGAGCUCGCACCCUCGCCGAUAGCGGAGCUACCGCGCGCACAAUGUGUCCUACACCAGACGAGGCACCCACGAACGGCCACGCCAAUGGCAACGGCGUGGCCAAUGGCAACCACGACGGCUAUCGAGCCAUCGAGACCAAGCAAGCCUCAAGACCGCAGGCCAGCAACCCAUACGCCCCCGUGCAGGACUUCUUGAGCAAUGUGUCGAACUUCAAGAUCAUUGAGUCGACGCUACGAGAGGGCGAGCAGUUCGCCAACGCCUACUUCGACACCGAGACCAAGAUCAAGAUCGCCAAGGCGCUCGACGAUUUCGGUGUGGACUACAUCGAGCUGACCUCUCCUGCGGCAAGUGAGCAGUCGAGAUUGGACUGCGAGGCUAUUUGCAAGCUUGGAUUGAAGGCCAAGAUCCUUACACACGUGCGAUGUAACAUGAGCGAUGCGAAGCUCGCAGUCUCCACCGGUGUGGACGGAGUCGACGUUGUCAUCGGCACGAGCAGCCAUCUCAUGGAGCACAGCCACGGCAAGGACAUGACAUACAUCAAGAACACUGCGAUUGAGGUUAUCGAAUACGUCAAGUCGCAGGGCAAGGAGAUCCGCUUCAGUUCCGAGGAUUCGUUCCGAAGCAACUUGGUGGAUCUGCUCACCAUCUACAGUGCUGUCGAUAAGGUCGGCGUGCACCGUGUUGGUAUUGCAGAUACCGUCGGAUGCGCUACUCCGAGACAAGUGUACGACUUGGUCCGAACCCUGCGUGGAGUGGUCAGCUGUGAUAUCGAGACUCACUUCCACGACGAUACUGGAUGCGCCAUCGCCAACGCAUACUGCGCGCUCGAAGCCGGUGCUACACACAUUGACACCUCAGUCAUCGGAAUUGGUGAGCGAAACGGCAUUACUCCACUCGGUGGUCUCAUGGCCCGCAUGAUUGUGGCAGACCGUGACUACGUCAAGUCCAAGUACAAGCUGGAGAAGAUCAAGGAGAUUGAGGACUUGGUCGCUGAGGCCGUCGAGAUCAACGUGCCUUUCAACAACCCCAUCACCGGAUUCUGUGCUUUCACCCACAAGGCUGGUAUCCACGCCAAGGCCAUUCUCAACAACCCAUCCACAUACGAGAUCAUCAACCCCGCCGAUUUUGGUAUGAGCAGAUAUGUGCACUUCGCAUCAAGACUCACUGGAUGGAAUGCGAUCAAGUCGCGUGCUGAGCAACUUGGUCUGGCCAUGACUGAUGAGCAGAUCAAGGCUGUCACGCUCAAGAUCAAGGCUCUGGCCGAUGUGAGGCCGCUUGCCAUUGAUGACGCGGACAGCAUUAUCCGAAACUUCCACUUCAACCUUAGUGCCGAUCGCGAGCGAGAACUCCUUCAGCUUUCGGAGCAAGAGAAGAAGAAGUUCGCAAAGGCCGAGUCAGAACUUAACAAGGAGUCGGAGAAGCGGGCACUCGAGCAGGCUGCCGACGCGCAGGCGGAAGUCCCAGCUGCUAAGAAGAGCAAGACGGCUACCGUUGCGUAAGGCAAUGCAGGACCUAUCGAAAGAGUUUGAAAUACCAGGCCCGUGCCAGUCUACGCAUAACGAUCUGUACUUUUGCUGGCGGAGUUUCGGGCGUUUGGGAAUGAAUAUCGACUGUAAAAUCCUUGGCGAAGUAGCUCAUGCUUCGUGGAAAGGCGUGAGAGUACCAAAAGCGAGCAUGAGGUGCAACAGCACUGUACUGAAUAGCACUCUUAGAAACCAAAAGCGGUCCAUGAGGAUAGAGAUACAAUAUCGACCAGCAUGGCGCAUCCUACGCAUCCUUCCGCGCUGGCAUCCACUGUCACAGGCUUUUUGCGCCGCCGAGGUGCUGAUCACGUGGUGACAGCGCAUUAUUCCGCUGUCUGUCUCAAUUCGGACAGCUUCUUCUCAUGAAGAUUUCGACCCCGCCUUUCAUAAAUCGCGGAGUGCAGACAUGUACCUGCGCCGUUCACGAUCUAGCCACCACGGCCCGCCACCUACAGCGUCUCCCAGAGCCAU